AUGACGAGCGACGAUCAGUUCUUCUUCGACUACCUCUCGUCUAUACCCCAUGACGUAAGGCGAUACUCUCUCGAAGUCGCCGAGUCGAUCGACCGACAAGUCGACCAUGCCGCGAGCUUGAUCAAAGAUGCCAUCGCCCAGCAGUCCUGGCUACCUCCCGCUGUUCGCCCGUCCUCCCGCGCUUCCCAACGCAUGCGCCCCCCGCAACGCCUGACGGACCGGGUGCAAAACUGGGUUUCUCGGAAUCGCGCAUGGACAGCGGCCAUCCUCGCUUUUGUCGGCACUGGCGUCGUUUUAUACUACGGCGGAAAGAAGCUGCAUGGGAAGCGGAGAAAGGCCAAGAGAGCAGGCAACGGUGGUAGAAAAGAGAUUGUUGUCGUUGCUGGAUCGCCGCAUGAGCCGAUGACUAGAGCUAUCGCUAUGGAUUUGGAACGCCGCGGAUACAUUGUAUACGUGACUGUUUCUUCCGCGGAUGAAGAGCAUAUUGUUCAGUCUGAGAACCGUGUUGAUAUCAAGCCUUUGUGGUUGGAUCUCACAACGUCAUCCCCCUUGCCAUCUGAGGUUCACCCUUCGUUGCAUGGACUUCGUUCUUUGAUCACCCAGCCCCAGUCUCCUACCGCCGGAGUGCCUCCUCACACCUGCCAGCUGAGCGGCCUGAUCAUUGUGCCCUCGACCAACUAUAGCGCAGGCCCUGUCGCCACCAUUCCGCCGUCAUCCUGGGCCGACACAGUCAACACCCGUAUCCUCUCGCCCAUUCUCACCGUGCAAGCUUUCCUCCCUCUUCUCACACUCCGCAGUAACAGCAAGACUGUUGUUUUCGCCUACCCAUCUAUCUCUUCCUCUCUGUCCGCACCCUUCGCUGGACCUGAAGUAGCCACAAGCCGAGCAAUUUCGGGCUUUGCAGCUUCACUUCGUCAGGAACUCCGUCUCCUCGAGCAGGGCAACGUCGACGUCGUCGAGCUGCGACUUGGAAACAUCGAUCUGGGCCCCACAUACAGACACAGUCAGAGCCAGAUCGCCGGUACAGAAGUCCUCGCCUGGAGCACACAACAGCGAGCCCUCUACGGCUCGCAGUACCUAUCCAGCGUUGAACAACGACCCGUUGCAUCAGCCGGUCCCAGCGCCGUACGCGGUUCUCCCGCGCGGAACCUUCACUAUGCUAUUCUCGAUGCCCUGGAACCCAGAAGCCGGGGUAUGCUCGGCCAGAAAACCUCCAAGAAAACCGUCAUGUACGUGGGACGCGGAGCGCGUUCGUACAGCCUGAUCGGUAACUGGGUUCCUAGCGGCCUCGUAGCCAUGAUGAUGGGGUACCGCAGCGGCAGCACAAUGGGAACACACAGCCCGAGUGGCAGCGGCAGUGAAACCAGCUGGGAAAGAGUUUGA